AUGCUUAAAAGAGUAGUUCUUAUAGCUAUAGUAGAGAUUAUAAUAGGUACUAUACUCCUAGCUAGUAGAAGGUCUUACCCUAGCUUUAGUUAUAAAAAUAGCCUUAUAGAGCUAGGCAUAGACUUCUAG